AUUUAAUUGAAUUAUUUGAUUCUUAUGUUCGUUUGAAGACGUGACUUAAAAUUAGAAGGCUGCAAGCCGCUAGGGUUAGAGAUCCUCUACUGCUAAUGAUCCGUAGAUCUCUGCUUAAGGAAAGAUCGCGCCACGAUAGCUUCGGGGACGCUUGCGAUGCUUGCGAUGGCAGAAUAUGGAGUCUAUUAACCUGUGAUGUUGAUACGAUUAUUUUUAAUCGCAAAAAGCGUAUUGAUGGAAUUAAAAUGGCUGGUAAAGUGUGGAAUACAGAAAUAUGGAAAGCUUGGGAUAAACAUGGAAAAAACGAUUUCCUCAAGUUAAUCAAGCACAAAUUUAAGGAAGGCAACACUGCAGAAUGGAGAAGGGGAUUGUACGAAUUAAUAUCGAAUGGAAUCCGUGGGAACAUAAAAAGGGACAAUGUUGUUCAGACAUUAGGUGAACUGACGAAUAUUGAUGGGGCAAUACCAUCUGCAAUCGUGGAUAUAUUUACAUUGAUAGACGUAGAAGCGCAUAACGAAGAGAGGAAUAACUUUUAUUACAUUGUAAAAGAAUCAGAGAAGUUUCUCACAGACAGGAUAUUGAAGGAGCGUUUAGAAAUCGACACUCUCCAAGAUGUCGGAACGUUAAAGAACAAAAAUUUUCAGACGAAGUUCAUCAAAGUAAAGACAAAGUUGUAUUACAAACAACGAAAAUUCAAUUUAUUUCGCGAGGAGAGCGAAGGAUAUUCGAAACUGAUAGUGGAAUUGAAUCAGGAACGUCCUGAGAGCGAAGUAGCGUCUAUACUGGAAAUCGUUAAAUCCCUAAUCGGAUAUUUCAAUCUUGACCCAAAUCGAGUCCUCGACAUUUUAUUAGAAACGUUUGAGAAUCGGCCGCAAGACGAUGCGCUUUUUAUCCCAUUAAUUCGUUCGUACAUGAGCGACCAGCAGGUCCUCUGCGAAGUUUUAGGUUUUAAAUACUGUUCUACCAUGAAUGCGACACCGUUCUCGUUGCAAAAAGUCACUGCGCUCAUGUUGCAACAUGGCGUGAUCAAACUGGACGAUAUAUUGCCGUGGUUAGUGCCCGACGACAGAACGAUCGUCAAGGAGCACGAACAGGCGAUGAAACAAGCUAAAGAGUACGUUCGGAAAUUGAGCGUGAUCUCCACGAAAGACAAAGAAGAGGUACCCGAGGAGAAGGAGAAUCUUCAGGAUAAAUACGCGAGUAAUCAAAAGUUCGGAUUGUGCGAAGCACUUUUGGAGGUCGGCGCUUGGGAAGUCGCGCAGAACCUGUUCAACCGGUUACCGGAGCACAGUCUCACCGACCAGCGCCCGAUCGCGUUGUCGCUCUGUAGAAUGAUUCAGUCUCUCAUCGAGCCUGUUUACCGGAAAUACUGUAUAAUAUCUCCGAAGUUGCAGGGCAGAAGAAUCCCACCGUUAAAAAGUUCUCUCGCUCCGAAACCGAUGGAGAAUCUCGAAGAGAUCCACGAUCAAUUAUUACCGAUGCUAAUAGUCCUCGGACCGAAUUUACAUCACGAUCCCGUUCUGAUGUACAAAGUCAUGCGACUGUGUCACACAGUCAUAAAGCAAUGCUCGCUGGAUUCUAACAAGCAGCCGAUUGAUAAAAAUAGUAACUUGUACUACGACGUAUUGACGAUUCUCGAUGUCGCAUUGCUGCCGUCGCUGUCCUUCAUGGACUGUAACUGCUGCGUCGCGGAGGAACUGUGGAACAUAUUGAAGUACUAUCCAUAUCAGAACCGAUACUGUCUGUACGCUCGGUGGAAGAACGAUACGCCGUUGCAGCACGCCGCGCUCUUGCGAAAAAGAGCGGACGCGCAGAAGAAGAUUAAAUCGAUUAUGAAGAGGGUCAGCAAGGAGACCAUAAAGCCGGUUGGGAGAUCCAUAGGCAAACUCACGCAUUCCUCGCCCGGCGUAUUGUUCGAUUACGUUCUUGUACAAAUUCAGUUGUACGAUAAUCUUAUAGGUCCUGUUGUAGAUUCACUGAAAUAUCUGACUAACAUUUCCUACGAUGUACUUGGCUACUGUCUGGUGGAAGCUUUGGCUGGCGCCGACAGAGAUAGGUUUAAGCACGACGGCACCAGUAUAUCUCUCUGGCUGCAGUCCCUCGCUUCGUUUUGCGGGGCGAUAUUUAAAAAGUAUAAUAUCGAACUUACUGGCUUGUUGCAGUACGUAGCUAACCAACUUAAAGCACAAAAAAGCUUAGAUUUAUUAAUAUUAAAAGAAAUAGUACAAAAGAUGGCAGGCAUCGAGGCUGCCGAAGAAAUGACCUCCGAGCAACUAGACGCCAUGGCAGGCGGAGAUUUACUAAAGAACGAAGCUGGUUACUUCAGCCAAGUACGCAAUACUAAGAAAUCUUCACAACGAUUGAAAGAGGCUCUUGCAGAGCAUGAUCUCGCUGUAGCUCUGUGCCUUCUGAUGGCCCAGCAAAAGCACUGUGUUGUGUACAGAGAGACAGAUAAAUCUCAUCUCAAACUCGUCGGAAAAUUGUACGACCAGUGUCAGGACACGUUGGUACAAUUCGGUACGUUUUUGGGAUCUACUAUGACGGUGGACGAGUACGUGGACCGGCUCCCUUCCAUUCACUCGAUGCUCCAAGACAAUCACAUACAUUCUGACGUAGCAUUUUUCCUCGCAAGACCAAUGUUUGCACAUGCCAUUAACAUUAAGUACGACGCUCUGCGUAAGGCUGAUCCGAACUACAAGAAAAUGUCGACUACUAUGAAACAAGCGAAGUACGCGGAAGCCGCACAGGCGGUCAUGGCUCCUGUCGCUCUGUCGGUCAGACCUUUGCAUCCGGCGAAAGUCUGGGAGGAUAUCUCGCCGCAAUUUUUAGUCACCUUCUGGUCUCUGUCUAUGUACGAUUUGUAUGUUCCUGUCGAAAGUUAUCAGAGGGAGGUCAACAAGUUGAAGCAGCUCGCUGUUCAAAGUGCCGAUUCCAAAGAUAACGUUAGCAAAGGGAAGAAAGAGCAGGAGAGGUAUAACACUUUGAUAGACAAGUUACAAGACGAGAAGAGGAAACAGGAGGAGCACGUUGAAAAAGUGUUUGCAUAUCUAAGGCAAGAGAAGGACACGUGGUUCUUAUCGCGUAGCGCUAAGUCAGCGAAAAACGAAACUAUCACACAAUUUCUACAAUUGUGUCUGUUUCCUCGUUGUACAUUUACUACCGUCGAUGCUAUGUACUGCGCGAAGUUCGUUCACACUAUCCAUUCAUUGAAGACUGCGAAUUUUUCAACCCUUCUUUGCUACGACAGACUUUUCUGUGAUAUAACAUAUUCAGUUACCUCGUGCACCGAGAACGAAGCUAAUCGUUACGGGAGAUUUUUAUGCGCGAUGUUAGAGACGGUGAUGAGGUGGCACUCCGAGAAAGCCAUAUUCGACAAGGAAUGUAGCAAUUAUCCGGGAUUCGUAACGAAGUUUCGCGUCAGCAAUCAAUUUUCCGAAGCGAACGACAUGGUCGGGUUCGAGAAUUACAGGCACGUGUGUCACAAAUGGCAUUACAAAAUCACGAAGGCGAUCGUAGUUUGUUUGGAUUCCAAGGAUUAUGUACAAAUAAGAAAUUCGUUGAUAAUAUUAAUAAAAAUAUUGCCGCAUUUCCCUGUCUUGGCGAAAUUAUCGCAAAUCCUCGAACGUAAAGUGGAAAAGGUUCGGGAGGACGAACGCGGGCAUCGUCAGGACUUGCACGUGUUGGCUACGUCGUACAGUGGUCAAUUAAAAGCGAAAACUCCGAAUAUGAUUCGCGAGGCAGAUUUCCAUCACGUCGGCGACAAGGCUGGGAAAAUGCAAGAAGCUUCGAACAGCGAGUCGACGGAAAAGGUUGGCGAUGGGAUAUCUAGCAAGGAGAUUACGAACGGCGACAGUAGGAUAGACAAAGAGAACAAGGAUCAGCGGGAGAAACGAAGCGCGUCUAAUCAAUUACAUCACGACAGUACGGAGAAAGUCAGAAAAAAGGAAGAGAAUAAAGAGAGUUCGGAGGUGAAGGAGAAGCAUAUAAAAAAGGAGGAAAUUAAAGAAGAGGAUUCGAUAGAAAAGAAAGACCGAAAAUAUUAUAAAGAAGAACAUUAUUACGGCGGUGGUGUAGAUAAUUUAGACCGUGAUCUAUCUAGUGUCUCAAAUAGUAGUGCCAGUUCUGGUCCGACGCAGGAUGGCUCUGACAGAGACGCCAAACGAAGAAAAGUUGAGAAUAUACAAAAGCAGGACGGAAGACGCACGGAAGGGAGUCUCGACAAAAAAGAGCGUUCGAGUAAAGGGAAAAUAAGGGACGAGCAGAAAGAGCGGAAAGAGAAGAAGUUCACUAGGAAAAGAGACAGAACAGACGAGUCAGCGGUUGCUACCGAACAGAAAAGAAGAAAAGACGACGAGAAGGCGAAAGGAACGCAUCAGAACGGCGAUAUCACCGAGCACAGGGAGAAACAUCACUACAACAAGGAAAAGUCACCCUACGCAAAGGAACGUACUCACGAACGGGAGGGUCGUGAAAGUCGAGAUAAACAUAGGAGGAGUUCGGAUCCCAAACGAAGAUGAUGUACAACAAUGGAAAAAAUUUGACUUAACAUUUUAUAUACUACGUUUGGUGUUGCAUGUAAUUAAGGUAGAAUUCGAAUAAUAAAGAAAAAAAAAUAGCGA